AUGGGAAGCUCACAUCUCCUCAACAAAGGCAUGCCUCUAGGCAUCAGACCUCCCAUAAUGAAUGGACCCAUGCAUCCGCGGCCUUUGGUGGCUCUGUUGGACGGUCGCGACUGCACAGUUGAGAUGCCAGUCCUCAAGGACGUCGCAACCGUGGCCUUCUGUGACGCCCAGUCCACACAGGAGAUCCAUGAGAAGGUACUUAAUGAAGCCGUGGGAGCGUUGAUGUAUCACACAAUCACUCUGAUGAGAGAAGACCUGGAGAAGUUCAAAGCUCUCCGCAUCAUUGUGCGCAUCGGCAGCGGCUAUGACAACAUUGACAUCAAAUCGGCUGGCGAACUCGGAAUCGCUGUGUGUAACAUGCCAGCCGCUUCGGUGGAGGAGACGGCCGACUCAACGCUUUGUCACAUUCUCACCUUGUACCGCCGCACCACGUGGCUGCAUCAGGCUCUCCGGGAGGGAACACGGGUCCAGAGCGUGGAGCAAAUUCGUGAAGUGGCUUCAGGAGCUGCAAGGAUCCGAGGGGAGACGUUGGGACUCAUCGGACUAGGCCGGGUGGGCCAGGCUGUGGCCCUACGCGCUAAAGUGUUUGGCUUCAACGUCAUUUUCUACGAUCCCUAUUUGGCGGAUGGCGUGGAAAGAUCCCUGGGCCUUCAGAGGGUUACCACGCUACAGGACCUGCUCUUCCAUUCCGACUGCGUGUCGUUGCAUUGUAGCCUGAACGAACACAACCACCACCUCAUCAAUGACUUCACCAUAAAGCAGAUGCGGCAAGGAGCAUUCCUGGUCAACACCGCCAGGGGGGGUCUGGUGGAUGAGAAGGCCUUAGCUCAGGCCCUGAAGGAAGGGAGGAUACGUGGCGCUGGCCUCGACGUUCAUGAAACAGAACCUUUCAGUUUCAGUCAGGGUCCUCUGAAGGACGCCCCCAACCUGAUCUGCACCCCUCACGCUGCCUGGUACAGCGAACAGGCGUCGCUGGAGAUGCGAGAAGAGGCGGCUAGAGAGAUUCGAAGAGCAGUCACAGGUCGUAUUCCGGAUAGUCUGAAGAAUUGUGUCAACAAGGAAUUCCUGAGUCAGAACAACCACUGGACAGGAGUCGAACCGACCAACGUCCACCCAGAACUCAACGGCGCCUACAGGUACCCCCCACCAGGGGUGGUAAGCAUGACCGCCGGUGGCCUCCCUCCGCCUGUGGAGGGCAUAGUGCCCAGCGCAGUGCCUGUCGCACAUCCCCUCCCGCCGGCCGUGGUGCACCCACCCCACACGCCAUCGCCCGGACAGAACGCUGUCAAGCCACCAGAGGGCGACAGAGAACAGCAUCCAAACGAGCAGCUGUAG